AUGCACAAUAUCCAGACCACAAGACGUCACGCCCAGCCAAGGCCACCAGCAUCCAGCAUCUGGCACCAUCCCCAACCAAAAUCUGCAGUGCCUCGGCCGCCCUACGUGACGCGCAAGAUGGAGUCACUGUCGAGGAUAUCAACGCUUCUCGAGAGUGCUCGAGAGCUAACUCUCGAUGCCGCCCAGGCAACACGAAGCUCCCGAAGCACGCGACCGCUCGACCGCAGCCAAAUAAAGAAGCUCCUCGACAGUCGAAAUGAGCGCGAUGUCCUCGAUGGCCUACGUCGGGUCCUCGCUAUGAUGUACCGAUCGCAAAAGACCCUCCCUUUCUUCUCCUCCGUUGUAAAGAACGUCGCAUCUCCCAACAUUGAGAUAAAGAAGCUUGUCUACAUCUACCUGAUACACCAUGCCGAGCAGGAACCCGACCUCGCCCUCCUGUCCAUCAACACCAUUCAAAAGUCCCUCUCCGACAAGGAUGCUCAAGUACGAGCUCUCGCCCUCAAGACGAUGUCGGGUAUCCGAGUUCCCGUGAUUAGCCAGAUUGUAUCACUAGCCAUCAAGAAGGGCGUUGCGGACAUGAGCCCCUACGUUCGACGAGCCGCUGCCCUAGCGAUACCAAAAUGCUACCGCCUCGAUCCUGGCCAGGAGCCGCAGCUGGUCGACUACCUCUCGACAUUGCUUGGGGACAAACAAUACUACGUUGCUGGAGCAGCCGCUAUAUCGUUCAUGGAGACCUGUCCCGAUCGCAUCGACCUCAUUCAUAAGAAUUACAGAAGUCUCGUUAAGAAAAUUGUGGACAUGGAUGAAUGGGGUCAACUCGCGACACUUCGGAUGAUGACUUAUUAUGCCAGGAGAUGCUUCCCGAGAAGGACGAGGCGAGUGGAACAAAACGAAAAGACGAGCCAGGAUACCGACCUACAGACAUUUUAUGACGGCCCCGGCGCCGAAAGCAACGGCACCGAGGUUGUCCUCGACCCGGACCUUCAACUACUACUAAACGCUAUUAAACCCCUAUUGCAGAGCAGGAAUUCGGCGGUUACCACUGCAGUAGCUAGGUGUUAUGCAGAACUCGGCACCAGAGAGUAUGUUAGGCUCGCUAUAGGGCCUCUUGUAGCUCUCCUCCGCGGCGCUUCGGAUAUACAACAGGUGGCUCUGUUCAACAUCGUAUCGGUUUGCCUCCAAUGGCCUGCAGACUUUGUCAAGUAUGCCAAUCACUUCCUCGUGCGCGGUACGGAUAGCGCCGCUGUAUGGGAGCUGAAGCUCGAGAUCCUCACCCUCAUCUUCCCCCAUAGCAACUCGCAUAUCAAGAGUUUAAUCCUCCACGAACUUGAGCACUUCUCCCGCGGCUCUGCAAACCCUGCGCUCGUUAGGGAAUCCGUGCGCGCCAUCGGACGUUGCGCCCAGGCCGAUAGCUCAAUGGCACCCCGCUGUCUCCGCCUUUUGCUGGGGCAGAUUGCUAGCCUCGAUGGGCGGUUGGCGGCGGAGUCGCUCACUGUUAUUCGGCAUCUUAUCCAACAGGAUCCCGAAGGCCAUGUCGGGACGGUUGUGCGACUGGCGAAGAACCUCGAUAGCGCAACGGAUCCACAGGCACGUGCGACUAUUAUCUGGCUUGUGGGGGAAUUUUCCGGUCUCCGCGGCGAAGACAAUAUCGCUGCAGAUGUCCUUAGGAUCCUACUAAAGGAUUUUGCGAAUGAGUCCGAGGCGGCAAAGCAACAAAUAGUGCUGCUAGCGGCGAAAGUAUACCUCCACCACAUCAACAGAGUUAGGGAAGAACAGGAGAAGAAAGGCGCUGAAUCCGAGGGAAAGAGUGAUGAGCUUCCAGGCGCGAAUCCCCCAGGUUCUCCCAGGGAUGAGGAUGAUCAAAUCGCUAAACUGUGGGAUUAUGUCCUGCUUCUAGUCCGGUACGAUACCUCUUACGAUCUGCGUGAUCGAGCGAGAAUGUACCGUGCUCUGCUCUCCGUCCCGCAGCUAGCUACCCUUAUGCUUCUCGCGCCGAAGCCCGCACCGCAGGCCCCGAGCCCAUCAGAAACGCGCAAAGGUUUCGUGCUUGGUUCAUCGGCAUUGGUUCUCGCGGGAGGCGGAGGAAUCCACGGACUCAAAGGAUACGCUCCCCUCCCCGAUUGGGUUAAGAGUGGCCAGGAGCCCGAUCCUAGGUUACGCGAUACCGAUGUGCCAGUUAGUGGAUACGGGGAAAGCAGCAGAGGGGCUAUUCCGGCGAGCCAGAGGUUGGACAGUAUGGCGUCGAAGAGUAGUGGUAUUUCGUCCUCGAUCAAGAAUGGCGAGGCAGUUGGAUCUAAGACUUUGGAUGAUUGGCUAGCGGAGGAUGAUGGGGAAGAAGAGGAAUCAGAAGGCGACAGCGAAGAAGAGGAGGAAGACGAAGAUGAAGAAGAGGACAGUGAAGAUGAGGAUGAGGAUGGAGAUGACGAGGAGGAGGAAGGCGAGUCCGAAGAGGAAUCAGAGGAAGAGGGUGAUGAAAACGAUAGACUGAUGAAGAUAUGA